UAUUUCUGUACAUGUUAAAUUACGAAAAUGCUUGUUUACCUUAAAAUAAAGCAUUUACAAUGGCAAUGCACAUUCAGUCUUCAAAUUGCUAUUUAUUGUGUUCUAUUACAGUUCAGACAACGAUUCUAAUUGGCAAGUCUCUAGGUCCAUUUCUUGCUCACGUACGUAUGAUAAAGGGAAGUAACCUCGCGCAGAGAAAUCACACAUUUUCGGCCCUUUCCGUAAAUUAAUCGAGGUGUUCCGAUUGCCAAAUGCGUAGCUUUAUCAACAAGGUGGAAUUCCCCCUAGUUUUCCUUUUCAAUUUAUGAUCAAGUUUUCAAGCUGCUUAACUUAACAGGAUGUCGGAAAUUCCUGAUUACACUCGCAAUGUGUCACUCAGACUGUCUAAAGUACUUGAUGAGAUAGGUGUGAACGAAAGAAUGGUAAUAAAACAAAGGCGACUACGUCUGUUUGAAGAAACAUUAAAAACAAUAGGACAACAAUUAUUAACACAUGGAGAUGUCAAUGUGUAUUCCUUAGGUAGUAGAGUAGAGGGCACUACAACAGUUGGACUUAAUUCUGACACAGAUUUACUUUUCACACUUCCCAUGUACAAAGUGAUACAAGACUGGAGUGAAUGGGAACCUGGUAAACAAAACCUGUUAAUGAUACAGGAUGAUACUGUAUCACCAGGAUAUUGCUUAUUACAGAUACUAAGAAAGGAUGCUCCACUUCAAGAAGAUAAUGUGUGUAAUCAGAGCUGGUAUAGCGAUAGAGUAGGAAGAGUAUUAUUAAAGAAUUCAAUAGUUCAUCCAGCGGCGGAUGAUAGGCGUGUUAGACAUGGUCCAGCACGAUCACUGGGUGAAAUACCUGGCUUCUAUGGUGAUGACAUUGUCCUUGGAUUUUUUUGUCAACAGUGGCCAUUGCAAGCUAGACAAUGGAUGAAUCAGCAAGUUGAAGGUCAGUGGCCUACAAACGAUAUGAAACAGUAUUGUAAAGAUAUGGGGUGUUUCGUUGUAGGAGUUGGAAGCAGAUACAGUGUUAAUGAAGAACUUGAAUGGAGAAUAUCCACUUCCCUUGCCGAGCGAUAUUUAAUGUUUAGUCUCAAUAUAACACAAAUCAGAUGCUUUGUCUUAAUGAAAAUGAUUCUUAAAACGUUUAUAACCACACAAUGCCCUGAUAGCAUUUCAAGUUUUAUGUGUAAAACGGUCUUACUUCAUAGUAUUAAAAGUACAGUCAACAAUGCUUGGAACGAAAACACCUUACUGAUUUGUCUAAAUUACUGUCUAACAAUACUUUACAAUUGUAUUGUAAAUGACUAUUGCCCACAUUUUAUCAUCCCAGAGAACAAUUUAAUGGCGAGACGUUUUACUGUAGUAACAAAACAAAUCAUACUAGAUAGACUCUCUUACAUUAUAAGCAGUAACGGAAGUGCUUUACUUGAAAUAGAAUGUGACCAACUUGGGUUUAGAAUUCAAAACACAUUUUUGAGAUUAGUAGAGAUUGUUCCUGAAUACAUGUCUUGUAUGAUGUCAGGACAACUAGUUAACAAUACUGCUCAAACAAUCAAUGACUGUGUCAUGGUCUUGCUCAAUAACAUGAAUAAAAGCAAUCCUAUUAGACUUCUAUUGAAAACAUUAUAUAAAUACCUUAUGAAAGUAACUCAUGAUAUGAAUCAAGGGCAAACUAAAUUAGCAUGUAGUGCAAUAGUUAAAUGUCUAAGCAUGCAUUCAGGAUCCGCACUGGCUUCAAUUAACAUACAAAGUAAACGUGGUGUAUGCCGAGAGUCUAUCGUUUUGAUGACGUUAGGUCUAAACAUUGAUGUAGCAUCGGGUAAACUGAAACUAGCCUCAAUUUUCUAUUGUACUGGUGAUAUUGAGAGGGCAGAAAUCAUUUUGAAAAACAUUGAAGAAAAUUAUGAUCUCCGUGUAGUUGUAUCAAUAUGUAAGUGCUACGAUUUUAAAGAAUCUAAACCCAAACAGGCAUUCAAUAAAUUAUGUUAUGAAGCAAAUAAUGAAUAUGCAUUGUUACAGAGUAUAACUGCGUCAUGUGUCAGGUUUCUACGAUGCGAAAUAAACUGUUGUCCGAAGGAACUCCAACAUGAAAUGUUCAGAUCACCGCAACAAGACAUCCCUUAUAGAGGUGAAUAUGAUGAAUGGAUGAAUAUGGCUGUGGUAGAUUCUCUGCCGUAUUUAUACUUUCUACAGUAUAAGACAUAUUCUCAUCUCAGAAGACAUCGUGAUAAACAGGCAGCCAUUUCCAACCUUGCGAAAUGCAUUACAGAGGAGCCAAAUUUCGGACACAAAGAAACAGCACUUAAUCUUCUAGGUCAGUGUAUGGAGCAAGAAAACAGAAUGGAUGCUGCUUUAAAGUGUUACCUGUUAUCUUUGCAAAUACGAGGCAGAAAUAAUGCUGCAAAGUUUCAUAUCUGUAGACUAGUGAGCUCCAUGUUGAGUCCAGGUUUGCGUUAAAAUGAAAAUGGAAGCACUAGGUUUCUGUGAGUGCGAACUGACGAUAUGAAAACAUGUUCUUUUUACAGAAAGGUUUAACUUGUCAUAUAUU